CAGAAGAAAUCAGCCAUGGCAAAGGUUUUGCUAACCUACACUAAGACAUUUAAUGUCUAUAAGUGUCUUUUUGAUAAAGUCAUGGACCUCAAAAAUGAAAGGUUUAGGGAAUUUGCAGAAAAGUACUAUGGAGGCAUUCUCAAGAAGAAAAUGAGGUGAGGCUUUUGGUAUGAAAUAUAGAAAUCAUUUAUCUCAAUAUGGAUCCUCAAUAUGAGAGAGAACUAUUAGAACUAUCCGGAACUCAGUUACCAUUAUUGGAAAGAUUAGCAUAAUAAGUAAAGAGCAGACAUGUAAAUAAUAUUAUCUAUGACUUCCUUCGCUCUAAAGCUGACCAGAAGAAGAUCACAACUACUUUUACCGCAUACUAUCACUGUGUUGAGAAGAUGCAAUUGAAGCUCAAACGGAUUCUUCGGAUCAGGCGUAAUAGAGCACACACAAUCUCCAAAAUGUGGGACGAAGAAGUUAAAUCCUUCUUCAUGGCCAAAUGAUUAUCCAACAAAAGCUCUAGAUAUUUCAAAAGAUUCAAAAAGUUGUCUGUUCCGAUAGCAACAGUUUCUGCUGAGGUAAAAUCUAACUUGAUAGAUAAAUAUUUGAAGAUGAGAGGCCAUCUCAAUGCAGCUGCUUUCUUCAAGUAUUACGGAGAAACUCAUAAAGAGUUUGACUCAAUGGAGCAGUGCAAUAAAAGAAACCGGUUGGCUAGGAAGAUCAAGACUGAACUUUUUGAUGACAUCAAUGUCAAUGGCCUUGAUGAUACAGUGAAGCAUAAAACCCUCAAACAUCAAGAUACUACUUCACCUAGAGUCAAUAAGAAAGGUUCGCCUAUAAUGUUUGGAGGUAUUUCAAAGUCACAUGCGCUGACCAAGAGAUAUAAAGCGAAUACAUUCAGUUCUAGCCCGAGAAAGAGUAUAAUUAAGCUACAGAAAGUCGUGAAAAGUCUGAGUAAGAAAUCUAAUAUCCCUACAUAUGAAUACAAACCCGAUAAGCUGACUUUGAGAAUGCUAAUUGUAAAAGCAGCAAGCCUUUAA